AAGAACAUUCAAACUGAUUUACUCCCCCAAAAAUGGUCUCCACUUCUCACUUCUGUCUCCUCUUUUCCCUUUCUCUAUAGACACAAACACAUACACACACUUCCAAAUCCAAACACACACACUUACAUCAUAUCUUCUUUCUUUCUCCUUCAAAAACACACCAAAACGAACCCAUUUACGUAUACGUAAAUCCUUAUAUAUAUAUAUAUCUUCGUGUGAAGUCUUGGAUGGUUUUGGAGGCCGUUCAGUUGAACAGUUCAGCACAUAUACGCAAGAGCCCGAAUUUGAUUUUCCGGAAAGGGUCGUUCUCUUGAAAAAGAAAAAAGAACGCUAGAAAACGGUGAUCAUGGAAGAUCUGCGUUUAGUGCUUCACGCUGUGUGCCUCUGAAGAAACACGACGAUAGCGUUUGCCUUCAAACGAGCCUCACAGUUAUGAUGGCGGUGACGUCGGCCUGCAAAGACAGUAGCAAAAUGGGGGUAGAUAACGGCAAGUAUGUGAGGUACACUCCUGAGCAGGUGGAGGCUUUAGAAAGGUUGUACCAUGAGUGUCCUAAGCCCAGUUCACUCCGCCGGCAGCAGCUAAUCCGGGAAUGCCCUAUUCUCUCCAACAUUGAGCCUAAGCAGAUCAAAGUUUGGUUUCAAAACAGAAGAUGCAGGGAAAAACAGCGAAAAGAGGCGUCACGCCUUCAAGCUGUAAAUAGGAAAUUGACGGCAAUGAAUAAGUUGUUGAUGGAGGAAAAUGAUCGGUUGCAGAAGCAAGUUUCCCAGCUGGUGUACGAGAACAGUUAUUUCCGUCAGCAGACUCAAAAUACAACACUGGCCACCACCGAUAACAGUUGUGAAUCGGUGGUAACAAGUGGUCAGCACCACUUGACUCCUCAGCAUCCACCUAGGGAUGCCAGUCCUGCAGGACUUUUGUCCAUUGCGGAGGAGACUUUAACAGAGUUUCUAUCAAAGGCCACUGGAACUGCUGUGGAGUGGGUCCAAAUGCCUGGGAUGAAGCCUGGUCCGGAUUCCAUUGGAAUCAUUGCUAUUUCUCAUGGUUGCACAGGUGUAGCAUCACGUGCAUGCGGCCUUGUGGGACUAGAACCCACACGAGUUGCCGAAAUCCUAAAAGAUCGGCCUUCAUGGUACCGUGAUUGCCGAGCUGUGGAUGUGCUCAAUGUGCUGUCUACUGGAAGCGGUGGAACUGUUGAAUUGCUGUACAUGCAGCUCUAUGCACCAACCACACUGGCUCCUGCUCGUGACUUCUGGUUACUUCGCUAUACGUCUGUUAUGGAGGACGGAAGCCUUGUGGUAUGUGAGAGAUCACUGAACAACACUCAGAAUGGUCCCAGCAUGCCUCCGGUGCAGCAUUUUGUAAGAGCAGAAAUGCUUCCAAGUGGAUACCUAAUAAGGCCGUGUGAAGGUGGUGGAUCCAUUAUCCAUAUUGUUGACCAUAUGGAUUUAGAGCCUUGGAGUGUUCCUGAAGUGUUGCGUCCUCUAUAUGAAUCAUCAACCCUACUUGCUCAGAGGACAACUUUGGCGGCUUUACGCCAGUUGAGGCAGAUCUCUCAAGAAGUUUCUCAGCCUAGCGUCACUGGUUGGGGAAGAAGACCUGCAGCUUUGCGUGCUCUUAGUCAAAGAUUGAGCAGAGGUUUUAAUGAGGCUGUAAACGGGUUCACAGAUGAGGGUUGGUCCAUGAUAGAAAGUGAUGGCAUCGAUGAUGUUACCGUCCAUGUGAACUCUUCCCCGGGAAAGUUGAUGGGAACAAUUCUAACCUAUGCAAAUGGAUUUCCAUCUAUGAGUAAUGCAGUGCUAUGUGCUAAGGCAUCCAUGUUAUUACAGAAUGUUCCUCCUGCUAUACUGUUAAGGUUUCUACGGGAACACCGAUCAGAGUGGGCUGACAGUGGUAUUGAUGCCUACUCUGCUGCUGCUGUUAAAGCAGGUCCGUGCAGUUUACCUGUGUCUCGAGUUGGAUGUUUUGGUGGCCAGGUUAUUCUUCCAUUGGCUCACACUAUUGAGAAUGAAGAGUUUAUGGAAGUUAUUAGGCUGGAAAAUAUGGCACAGUAUCGGGACGACAUGAUUAUGCCUAGCGAUAUCUUCCUCUUGCAAGUCUGUAACGGAGUGGAUGAGAGCGCUGUCGGCACCUGUGCAGAACUUAUAUUUGCUCCUAUUGAUGCCUCUUUCUCUGAUGAUGCACCCCUUCUUCCAUCUGGUUUCCGCAUAAUUCCGCUUGAUUCAAAAACCGACGCCUCUACUCCAAACCGUACACUGGACCUUGCAUCGACACUCGAAGUUGGACCUACAGGAAACAGAUCACCUGGUGAUCAUUCAAGGAACGCUGGGACUGCAAAAUCGGUCAUGACAAUAGCAUUUCAAUUUGCAUUUGAGAUUCAUCUUCAAGAAAGUGUAACCGCUAUGGCUAGACAGUAUAUUCGAAGCAUCAUUUCAUCUGUUCAAAGGGUGGCUUUGGCGCUCUCCCCUUCUCGUCUCGGUCCUCAUGCUAGUUUGCGGCCUCCACCUGGUACGCCAGAAGCACAGACACUUGCACGUUGGAUUUGCCAAAGCUAUAGAUUUUUCUUAGGUGUUGAACUCCUCAAAACCCCAACUGAAGGAAGCGACUCUGUUCUUAAAACCCUUUGGCAUCAUUCUGAUGCUGUGAUGUGUUGCUCACUAAAGGCGCUGCCGGUGUUCACAUUUGCAAAUCAGGCAGGACUAGACAUGCUGGAGACAACCUUAGUUGCACUCCAAGACAUUACGCUCGAGAAAAUCUUCAACGACAAUGGAAAGAAGACUCUUUUUGCCGAGCUUCCACAGAUCAUGCAACAGGGUUUUGCUUGUCUUCAAGGUGGGAUCUGUUUGUCAAGUAUGGGUAGGCCGAUAUCGUACGAGAGGGCGGUCGCGUGGAAGGUGUUGAAUGAAGAAGAAGAUGCACACUGCCUCUGCUUCAUGUUCAUCAACUGGUCCUUUGUUUGAUCCACACGCCAUCACCAUAUAAUACAUAUCCAGGAAAACAGCAGUAGAUUUAAACCAUCACAUUUUGACCCCUCUCUUUGAUGUUGUUCAGCCAUGUCAUGUGCACAGCAGCAGGCAACUGGAUCAUGAUCAUCUACUUCUCUUUUGUUUUAAGUUUGUAGCGUAACCCUAACUCUAAAUUAUCCUUAAUUUAUGUCAAAAUACUGUUUCUCUUCCCA